AUGGAGGGUGAAAGGCGGGCCUACAGCAAGGAAGUCAACCAGCGCAUCAAUAAGCAACUUGCGGAGAUCCAGCGCCUACAGAAGGUGCGGGAUGAACUUCAGGUGCAGAUUGGCAUUGCCCAGAGCCAGGUCAAGCAUCAGAGGGACAAUGAGAGGCUGGGGAACAUGGGCCACCUGCUGAAGUGCCGGACUCAGGCGCAGGCCGAGAUCAAGGAGCUGCAGGAGCAGACCCGAGCCCUGGACAGGCAGAUCCAGGAGUGGGAGAUGCGGAUCUCUGUCCUCAGUAAGGAUUGCAGGGCCCCGGGAGUCGUCCUGGAUCAGAAGGCCAAGAUCCAGAGAAGGAUCAAGGUCAUGGAAAACCAGCUGGACAAGGUCACCUGUCGCUUUGACAUCCAGCUGGUGCGGAACGCAGCCCUGAGGGAGGAGCUGGAUAUCCUGCUGAUUGAGCGGAACCACUAUAUGAACGUGGACCGCAAGCUGCAGAAGGAGAUCCGGCACCUGCGGCACAUGAUCAGCGGCCUCAUUUUCUCCUCCACCUCGGCCUACUCCGUCAGGGAGGAGGCGAAGGCCAAGAUGGACAUGCUGAGGGAGAGGGCGGACAAGGAGGUGGUGCAGAACCAGACGGAGGUGCAGACCCUGCAGCGGCACAUCGCGCACCUGGAGCAGCUGCACCGCUUCCUCAAGCUCAAGAACAACGAUCGGCGUCCGGAUCCGUCUGUCGUGGAGAAGCGCGAGAGACGGGCCCGGGAGGUGGCCCAGGGCCUCCGGAAGACCUCCCAGGAGAAGCUGGUGUUGCGGUAUGAGGACACCCUGAGCAAACUGUCCCAGCUGACCGGGGAGAGCGACCUGGACCUGAUGGUGGACAAGUACCUGGAGAUGGAGGGACGCAACUUCGCUGAGUUCACCUUCAUCAAUGAGCAGAACUCCGAGCUCGAGCGUGUGCAGGAGGAGAUCAAGGAGAUGCAGGAGUCCAUGGAGAGCAUGCGCACCAGUGAGGCCGCCCGGCGGUCGCUGCAAGAGGAGCAGAGGGUGGCCUUGCAGCAGAGCAUAGAAGGGGUGUGCUUGGAGGCGGACAACCUGGAGGCCCGCUCCCAGGAGUUUCGGAGGCGGCUGGAGAAGCUCAAGGCUGGAAUCCAGCAGCUCUUCACCAGGGCCCACUGCGACAGCACCAUCAUCGACGACCUCCUGGGGGUCAAGACCCGCAUGCGGGACCGCGACAUCAGCCUCUUCCUGAGCCUCAUUGAGAAGCGCCUGGUGGAGCUCCUGACGGUGCAGGCCUUCCUAGACGCCCAGGGCUACACCAGCUCCAGCCUGGUGAACGCUGCCCUCCUGGUGCUGGGCCAGAGCCUCGAGGAUGCGCCAAAGAAGGUGGCCCCACCUCAGCUCCCGGACAAUCUGGAGGAACCCCCAGGCUUUGAGGCCAAAGAAGACUAUCCCAUGAGCAAGGAGGAGCUGCUGAGCCACGUGAAGAAGGCGCUGGAGGCCCGGGAGCUGGCCCGGGACCAGCCCAUGAAGGAGCUGGUGGAAGUGGUGAAGAAGGUGGACAGCAGCCAGAACCUAGCCCUGUCCGGCAGCCAGAAGGCCGGCUCAGGCAUGCCACUGGAGACCGUCAAGAGCUCUGCUACGGCCCCCGGGUCCGUCUUCAGCAGCAGGACUAAUGGUAUCCUCGUGUCCAGUGGAGGCCGUGCCACCAGCUCCAACGUUGGCCACGUCACCUUUGGUGACCCCAGCUCCAGUGCAGGCAAUGUGACUGUGCCUGGCUCCACCAGUGCCAGCCCGGUCUCAACUGGGGGCCGCGUGACCUUCAGAUCCCCCAGCCCGAGCAGCUACCUGGGGUCCACGGGGUACCUGGAGUCCAGCAGAGCUCCCGAGAGCUUUGGAGGUGCGCAGAUCAGGGGCACUGUGUCGGAAUCGAGCACCGGCCCCACCUCCAGCACCGGUCCCACCUCCAGCACCGGCCCCAGCUCCGCCGCGAGCAGAGACUCAGGGAGCAAUGACUAGGGCGCCCAACACCCCGCCCCUGCCCUGGCCCCUGCUCCCGCAGAGCUGACUGGAGUGUCUCUGCCCGCCCCUUCCCUGGUUUUCCCUGUGGCUCCGUCUUUCUCUCCCACUUCCAGGCUUCAGGUCUCUCUGCUCCCACAGCUGUCUCUGCCACCCCUCCAUGUGACCCGGUGUCUGUUUCUGUGGGCUCUUCGUCAUCCCAUCUCUGUCUCCUGGUCUCACUCCCUGUUCCACGUUCCAUACCCUCCCCUUUCAGCCUUCCAACCCCCUGCUAUUUCCCACUCAGUGUGUCUCUGGCUCGUCCCAUGUCCAUCCACCCUUCUCUGCUCUGAUCUCUCUGGUUCUCCCCACCUCCUGCUUCUGCCUCCCCAUUUCCAUUUCCUUCUCCUCAUCCGCAUCUCUCCAGCUCUCCCGGCAUCUCAUGUCCCUGUCUCAGUAGCUCCUCAUUCCCGGCCUCACCCCCAGCAAGGGCCCCCAGUACUGACUGUGGGGGAAGAGUUGGGGCAAGGAGAUUGGGAUCAGCAUGAGCUGUGACCAUAGGAAAUAAAGGUCAGAGCCCAACUUUUCCCCCAGCCUGGUGACAAGUGUCUAUGUGAGAGAGCAUUCAAGAGACAUGGCUGUUCCCCUACCUGCAUGGCCCAGGGGGACAUUUAUGGCCCUGUUCAUUCAUUCAUUCAUUCAGCCUUUCAUUUUGUUGACACCUCCCUACGCCAGGCUUUUCUGAGAACCAGGUGCUGUAUCAGUCAGGAUGGGCUGGGUUGUGCUGUAGUAACAAACAACUCCAGGAUCUCAGUGGCCUAAUGCAACAAAGGUUUAUUACUUCCUCAUGCUAUUAGCCUGUUGUGGGUCAGCUGAGGGCUGGGCUCCACCCACCCUUUGUCCCAGGCAGACGGAGCA